AUGAUAACAUUUGAAAAUAAUAUGAUGAGACUGUGUUAACUCAAGGCUGAAGCCCAAGAAUUAAUCGAAAUAUAAGCUCAAUGUUUUUUAUUACUUAUUACUCUAGAAAAGUAUAAUUAAUUGGAUGCCAACUCCUUAGCAUAAAUUAACCAAUAUCGCUAAGAAAUUGAUGCUCUAAAACAACAAUCAGUUGAAUUGCAAGAUCAUUACGAAAAACAAUCUCUCAUCUUUCAAUAGAAGAUCAACUCUUUAACAGAGGAAAUCAAACUUUUGAAUUACGAAAAUGACAAAUUAGAGAACAAUUAUCAAAAUGAAAUGUAAAUUCACUCGCUUACAUAAUAGAUAAGAACUCAAUAGUGUUAUCUAAUAACUAUAAGAAGGAAUCUAGAGUUAGCAAUCCAAAUUUUAAAAGGAAAUUGACAACCUCAAAUUAAUGCACAGUUAAGAACUCUACAUACUCAAGAAAAGAAAAUGAC